CAGCUUAUUGACCACAUGACUAAUUCCACAGAAACAGAUGGGAGUAGGGAUGAAGGCUAUGAUGCUCUGGAUGACGGGGUGGAGGAUGAUGAUGACGACGAUGAGGAAGUCGAGGCCAUUCAUUCCUAUAAAGACGUCAUGAAGCUGUGUGCUGCCCACCUGCCAACCCGGUCGGAGGCGUCGAACCACUACCAAGCAGUAUGUCGGGCUCUGUUUGCUGAAACCAUGGAGCUGUACACUUUCCUGGCCAAAAUCAAAAGUGCAAAAGAGAACCUGAAGAAGAUUCAGGAAAUGGACAAAGAAGCAAGUGAUGAAUCCAGCACAGAUCUUGACGACUUAAAAAAUGCUGACUGGGCUCGUUUCUGGGUCCAAGUGAUGCGAGAUUUACGGAAUGGUGUUAAACUCAAGAAAGUCCAAGAGCGUCAGUACAACCCACUCCCGAUAGAGUACCAGCUCACACCCUAUGAAAUGCUGAUGGAUGAUAUUAGAUCCAAACGCUAUACCUUAAGGAAGGUCAUGGUCAAUGGUGACAUUCCACCUCGAUUAAAAAAGAGUGCCCAUGAAAUAAUCCUGGAUUUCAUCCGAUCUCGACCUCCAUUGAAUCCUGCCUCAGCAAGAAAACUGAAACCAACCCCACCACGGCCACGUAGCCUUCAUGAAAGGAUACUGGAGGAAAUCAAGUCAGAGAGGAAGCUACGUCCAGUCUCCCCCGAUGAGAUACGGCGCAGCAGGCUAGAUGUGCCUACGCCAGAGGCUGGAAGAAAAUUAGUGGAUGCCUCUGUAGUGAACGGUGGCCUGGGACCACAAGGAAAGCAGAACGCGGCCACACAAGUGACAGUGCAGCGCAAGAGGCUCCUUAAGGCUCCCACGUUGGCUGAACUUGACAGCUCAGAUUCCGAGGAGGAGUCAGUGCCCAAAUCAGGAAGUAGCAGCAGCAUCUCCCCCUCUCAAACAGAAGACCCCUCUCAAGAAGGCACUAGCAGCAGAAAGAAGUAUAAACAGCCAAGGGUUCCUAGGAUAACCAGUUUAUUUCCAAGGAUGACUUUCAGACCACUUUUUUCAACUAUGCAAACAGCUUCUCUGCUCAGCUCUCAUCCCAUUGAAGCAGCCAUGUGUGGGGUGGCAGGGGCUAUGUACUAUCUCUGUGAGAGAGCUUUUGCCAGCAGUUGGAAACCCACAAAGGAGGAGUUCUGCUACCCAGUGGAAUGCCUGGCUCUGACAGUGGAGGAGGUCAUGCACAUCCGUCAGGUGCUGGUGAAGGCAGAGCUGGAAAAGUACCAGCAGUAUAAAGAUGUCUACACUGCUCUCAAGAAAGGAAAGCUCUGCUUUUGCUGCCGAACAAGAAGGUUUUCUUUCUUUACCUGGUCUUAUACUUGUCAGUUUUGUAAGAGGCCUGUGUGCUCGCACUGCUGCAAGAAAAUGAGGUUGCCAUCAAAGCCAUAUUCAACUCUCCCCAUCUUCUCACUGGGACCUUCCACCUUGCAAAGAGGAGAAAGCUUUAUGAGGCCAGAGAAACCCUCUACCAGUCACCACCAUUCGCUGCGGAGCAUGUCCAGGUUGACAUCAAGGUCCAAAUCUGUGGAUAAGUCCCAGGAAGAGUUUCCUAAAGAGUUGAUGGAGGACUGGAGCACAAUGGAGGUGUGUGUGGACUGCAAGAAGUUUAUUUCAGAAAUCAUCAAUUCGAGCCGGCGCAGCCUGUCCCUGGCCAACAAGCGAGCCAGGUUAAAAAGGAAAACGCAGUCCUUCUAUAUGUCAUCGGCAGGAACCUCGGAAUACUGCCCCUCAGAAAGGACUAUCAAUGAGAUCUGA